UUUACUAAUUUUUCGGUUUACGCCGGUGUCGAAAGCUUUCGGUUCGCUCACCCUGUUGUUAGAUAGAUUCAUCUUAGCAUCUUCCAUAGCCGUACAUCAAGAAACCAAGACUAACCAAUCUAUUUUUAAUCUUCGUUUUCAAAAACCCACAUAUCUCAUCUUCAAUAUCGAAAAGCAAGACUACCCUUUUCGUUUGAUCUUCAUUUCCAAAAACCCCAUAACCCCUUUCAUUCAAAACGCUGAGAAAGAGAGGGAAUUUAGGUUAAUGGGGGCUUACAGGGCAGACGAGGACUAUGACUACUUGUUCAAGGUGGUGUUAAUAGGUGACUCUGGGGUUGGGAAAUCCAAUCUCUUGUCAAGAUUCACGAGAAAUGAAUUCAGCCUGGAAUCUAAAUCCACCAUCGGUGUUGAAUUCGCCACUCGCAGCAUCCACGUUGAUGACAAGGUCGUCAAGGCCCAGAUUUGGGACACUGCUGGCCAGGAAAGAUAUCGCGCGAUCACUAGUGCAUACUAUAGAGGAGCUGUUGGUGCCUUGCUUGUCUACGAUGUCACUCGACAUGUCACCUUUGAAAAUGUGGAGAGAUGGUUGAAGGAGCUUCGGGAUCACACUGAUUCCAACAUCGUUAUCAUGCUUGUGGGAAACAAGGCAGAUUUGAGGCACUUGCGUGCAGUUACAACUGAGGAUGCCAAGGCAUUUGCUGAGAGAGAAAACACUUUUUUUAUGGAAACCUCUGCCCUAGAGUCCUUGAAUGUUGAAAACGCCUUCACCGAAGUACUAACCCAGAUAUAUCGUGUUGUCAGUCGGAAGGCUCUUGAGGUUGGGGAUGAUCCAGCAGCCUUGCCCAAGGGACAGACUAUUAAUGUUGGCAAAGAUGAUGUCUCAGCUAUGAAAAAAGUUGGAUGCUGCUCAGCAUAGUCAGAAUAAAUGAAGUAUUGGUGUUAGUAUUUUCUCCUUCAAAGAUUUGCAUUUCAGUGUUUUGAAGAUGCCUUUGUUUCUUUGCAAACAUGUCCAAAAGAAGCCACCUGGAAUGCUCAUAAAGCAUUUGUAGUUUGAUGGCUUAGAGAUUAGCAAACUUGCUUAAGUUGAGAAACAACUCAAGGGUUCAGAUUCAAGAGACUAUCCCAUUUGGCUGGCAUUUCUGUUACUUUUCUUGUUAUUCUUUUGUAUGUUUGUUUCAAUGGGUGUUGUUGUAAGCCGUAGACAGAUCCAACCCUCUAGAUUAGGUUAUAUUUUAUUGCUCAGAUUUGAAAUUUAUGUUGAGACUGUGGUGCUUUUACUGGAUUUAUUGAUUAAUUGAUUAGCCCGUCCUGAUUUAUAA